AUGCGCAAUUUGAAAACCGUGCAUCUUACAGAGGUGCAGCUCCAGAGCGAGCUGCCUUUAACUACAACCGCGUGGGAUACUGCUUCUGAUGCGAUAAUCUGCACAUUCGGUCCCUCGGAGCUCAGUCCAGUCAUCGAGUUGAGGCGAAAGCGCCAGGAUGCGGCAUUCGCAGACCAAGUGGGAUCCGAUGCGUUUGAACUGAUCACUUCCUGGGACGCACCAUGCCCACUGCCGGAUCUGCCAUGUGAUAGGGUGCUGUCAUUGCAUUACUUUGCAGACAAUCUUACUGCUUGCCUGGUACUGGAAGGAGGUGAUAUCAUCAUUGUCCGUGAAGAGCCUCUGCCAGGCGAAGACAAGAUCGAAAUCCUGGGCUCUGUCGAUGUUGGGAUCACAGCCGCCGCCUGGUCGCCUGAUGAAGAGCUGUUGGCCAUCACCACGCGGGCGAACACGUUUCUGUACAUGACCAGGGAGUUUGAGAACGUGGCGGAAAUUAACUUCUCCCCGGAAGACCUCAAGGCUUCCCAGCAUGUCUCAGUCGGCUGGGGAAAACGGGAGACGCAGUUCCAGGGAAAGAGAGCCAAGGCAUUGCGAGAUCCCACAGUUCCAGAAAAGGUUGAUGAAGGACGUAUGAGCAGCUUUGAUGACGGCGCUACAACUAUCAGCUGGCGCGGUGAUGGCGCGUACGUUGCCGUAAACAGCGUGGAGUCCAACAUUCGCCGGGUGAUUCGAGUUUACUCCAGAGAAGGAACACUGGAUAGCGUUAGUGAACCAGUGGACGGGCUUGAAAGUGCUUUGAGCUGGAGGCCAUACGGUAAUCUGAUGGCCGGUAUUCAACGUCUCCACGACCGUGUCGAUGUGGUCUUCUUUGAACGCAAUGGACUGCGUCAUGGCCAGUUCACCUUGCGGCUCACAGAGGAAGAGAGGGUACUCUGGGCUACUAAUAUCCAUCUCAGCUGGAAUAUCGAUUCGACCGUUCUUGCUGUCCGAUUCAAGGAUAGAAUUCAGUUCUGGACAAUGGGCAACUAUCACUACUACCUUAAGCAAGAAGUACCCGUUGUGCUGGGACCAGAGACCCAGUCGCCAUUUUCUUUUAGAUGGCACCCGGAAAAAUCACUCCGCUUUGUUUCUGGCUGUGCAGAAGCAGGCUCAAUAUUAGACAUGGACUCGGUGUUCGACGUCUGUCAUGGUUCCACCGUCAUUCCCAACGAUGUGGGCGCUGUCGCUGUCAUCGACGGCAAAACUCUGAAAUUGACGCCUUUGAGAUUGGCCGGGGCCCCCCCACCCAUGGCUCAUAAUGAACUGCCCCUACCUUCCAAUAUCAUAGAUGUGGCUUUUAGCAAGUCUGGAACUCGGAUUGCAGUUUUGAUGAACAAUUCUUUCUCAAUAUUCAUGUGGUGUCUCAAGAGCAGACCUGUCCCAUGCCCCAUACUGGAGUCUAGCCAUUCCCUGCCAGAGAAGCCAGAAAGCCGCCCAAGGCAGAUCGCCUUCUUCAACGAGAACGAAGUGUACAUCUUGAGGAACGAUGGACCGAACCAAUCUCUCAUCGAACGCACAACGCUGGAGACGCGCUCAAGCGAGAUUGCCUACCAAGCGUCAGACUCGGAACAGUUGUCCUCGAUCUUCUCUGGGUUUGACCAUGACAAGCUGUGGUUUUCGUACACCAAAGGAACACAGAUUUCAUAUAAAACCAUAGCCCCUCUCUCAUCAGAUCACUUCGAAGUCACCACCUGGGAACAUUCUCCGGCAGUCAACACUCAUUGGGCCAGAGCUGUGAAUAUCUCAGAUAACAAGCCUGUCCUGGUGACUAUGACGAGGACCGGUUCCUUAUACGCCAAUAAGCGCUUGCUCGCGAAGAAUUGCACGUCCUUCUUGGUCACAUCUGCCCAUCUUCUCUUCACAACUUCGCAACAUCUUCUAAAAUUUGUUCAUUUCACAACCGUUGAAGAAAUGGAGGUGCCAGCAGACACUCCAGAGACGGAUGAGAGGUGCAGAAGCAUUGAACGUGGCGGUCGUUUAGUGACUGUGAUGCCAUCCAAGUUCUCCGUCAUCCUGCAGAUGCCGCGAGGCAACUUAGAAACAAUCUACCCCCGCGCGCUGGUUCUGGCUGGUGUGCGCAGCUUUAUUGACAAUCGGAACUACCGCUCUGCGUUCCUCGCCUGUCGAAGCCAGAUCGUCGAUCUGAAUAUCCUUCACGACUACAAUCCUACACAGUUCAUGGAGAACGUUACAUUGUUCAUUGAUCAAGUGAAAAAGCUUGAGUUCAUCGACGAGUUCCUAUCACGCUUGAAGGAGGAGGACGUCUCUCAGACACUUUACAAAGAUACCCUGAAAAUAUCCAAGAUAGAGGCGGCAAACGGAACCCUGCCCACGACUGACGUAGAGAAACCUUCCCAGCUGCCCAGCAAGGACAGUAAGGUCAAUCGAAUCUGCGAUGCAUUCCUGGCCGCCCUCAGCAAUCAUAUGGAUACCAAUCUGCAGAACUUGAUCACCGCACACGUGUGCAAAUCACCACCUGAUCUUGAGGCAGGUCUAGAGCUCGUUGCGCAUCUGAGAGAAAAAAGCCCGGAGCAAGCAGAAGAUGCUAUCGAGCACAUGUGCUUCUUGACAGACGCCAACAGACUCUAUAACCAUGCGCUGGGACUGUACGAUCUGGAACUUACGCUUCUAGUUGCUCAACAAUCUCAGAGGGACCCGCGAGAGUAUCUUUCAUUUUUGCGCAAACUGCAGAAACUCCCUGAGCUGCGACGGAAGUUCGAAAUCGACAAUUUCCUGACCCGGUCCGAUAAGGCUUUGAAACACCUGCACGCACUCGGUGAAUAUGAUGAGCUUCGAGCAUACGCCAUCAAGCAUGUCUUGUACAAAGAGGCUCUUGACUUGUACAAGUACCAACCCGAACAGUCGAAGGAUAUCACCCAAGUUUAUGCAACUUAUCUCCUCGAGCAAUCCAAGUACAAGGAGGCAGCCAUCGCGUAUGAGUCCCUCUCUAUGUACGAGGAUGCCUACAAAUGCUACCAGCGUGCCCAUCGUUGGCGCGAGUCCCUCUUCUGUGCAACGAUGGCGUCGCUCUCUGCGGACGAAAUCCGAGUUCACGCUCUUAAUCUCGCCCACACACUGACGGAGGAGACCCGCGACUACUCCGCUGCUGCCCAGAUAUACGCCGAGCAUCUCCAGGACAUCCCCACAGCCGCAAAACUGCUCUGCCGCGGCUCGCGCUUUGACGAGGCCACCCGUCUCCUCGCACUACACGGGCGUCAGAUCCUCGUGCCGGAGAUUGUUGACCAGGGCCUCGCCGAUGCGAUGGGCUCCAUGACUGAUCUUCUCGCAGACUGUCGGUCCCAGCUCAACGCCCAGGUGCCGCGACUCCGCGAACUGCGCGUCCGCCGCGCGACCGACCCUCUCGCCUUCUUCGGUGGUGAUUCCACUGCAGCCACGGGCAAUGGCGUGGACGCAGACAUCCCUGAUAAUGUCUCGCUUGCCCCGACCGAUGCUUCCACCCUCGCAGGGCGGAGCAUGUUCACCCGGUAUACUGGUGGCACAGGCAAGACGGGCAAGACGGGCUCCUCGCGCCAGACCUCCCGCGGUCGUCGUCGGGAGGAGCGCAAGCGCGCCCGUGGCAAGAAAGGCACCGUUUAUGAAGAGGAAUACCUCGUCAACAGCGUGCGUCGGCUGUUUGAGCGCGUCAACACAGCAGUGAACGAGGUUGAAACGCUGGUCGACUCCCUGCUGCGACGCGGGAUGCGCGAGCGCGCUGCCGCAGUCGAGAAGGCUCUCGCUGAGCUGUUGGGGAUGUGUGCUGAGUGUCGCGAAGAGGUCUUUGAGACAUCUGCUCCUGAGAAGCAGCAGGACGCCGACCGCGAGGAAGAAGCGCCGAACGAAGAGGCACUCGUCCCGCGCCGAGGUGACGCAGUCUUCUGGGAAAGUGUCCUGGCAACAUCUGAGGGGAGCAAAGCGCGGGAAGCCCCUGUUCUUAAGCAGAUGAAAAAAUCUGCUUUGCUCAGUUGA